AUGCCAGCCGUUGGAUUGAUAUUGCAUUUCGUUUUGGUAUCUUCCCUACCAUACUUUGCUAAAUGUUCGGAUCAGAAAGCUCCUGGACGAAUCCAUCCGAGCCUAACGCUUUUACCGCCACGUGCCAUCCAAAACAGCGAAACAACUUCACCCAUUAAUAUAUUUGACACCGCAAGCAUAGAAUCAAAUAACUACAAAGGUUUAGUUGGACGGCCUGGCAUUGACUUUCCAGUGUUAACACACAUCCCUGGUACAGUAUUUCAAUGCGAAAACCAUGGCAAUGGAUACUUCGCCGAUCUCGAAACACGUUGCCAGGUAUUUCACAUAUGCGAUGACGGAAAGAAAAUCUCAUUCCUUUGCCCGAAUGGAACAAUAUUUCGUCAAUUGGAUCUGAUUUGUGACUGGUGGUUCAAAGUGGACUGCGCCUCAACACCAAAUCAUUAUGCAGAGAGCACCGAAAUGCUGGUACAAGCACAACGAGCCCGUCUGCAAAGCAAGCAUCCCAUUGCCCAGCCUAUCAAUUCGCAUCAACUAUCAGCCGAGAUUCCAAUCGAAAAUGAGAUGAAAUUUAAUCGGCGGAUGGAUGCAGUACAUUCGGAGGAACCUACAGUGGGAAACUUUAAUGGAACUGUCAAUCGCUUUCGUAGCCGAAAAGGUAGAACAAAGAAGCUAUUUACAUCCGGUAGCAGCGACUUAACAGAUAGGACACAAAGUGCAUCAUUUGCAUCGAUCGCUCAAAAGAUGUUCGACACGUAUUACGACAAUGAUCAUAAGCUUGUGAAGGUCAGUGGAAGAUUCGACGAAAGACCCGAUUCAGAUUUAAACAACACAAUGGAAGCAACAAAAUCUAAAGAAGCUAAAACCAACAACAAUAAUAACGCUCUGGACUAUAUACCGUAUACAACGGCGCGUAAGCUGAAUUUGAAUGGCAAAUACACGCAAUUUUACUCUCCAACUGUACCCACGUUCCUCACCAGAACUGCCGUGACUACUAACAAUGGCGAGGGUAGCAGAAAAGUAACUUCAAAAACAAAAACUGCUGAAACAGUGGGCCAAAGUCAUCAACAAGGAUCCAAAGAUACGCUAGAAGAAUCAGUUAUGGAUCACGCAAUGGAAAUUAUGAAGACAAUUGAAAGUUUAAAAAUAGAAGAUAUUAUCAAAAAUGGGGAUGCCAAAGUCUUCGCUAAGACGUUCAACGAUCAAAUUCCCAAGACUAAUAAUUCUAGACAAACUUCUGUGACAUCAGAAGUUCGAUCUGAAAAUUAUUUAUUGCAUACACCAGCAACUAAUAACAAGCUUAAGCUAGACUCACUAGAGUUUUCCUUAUUGAACGUGGAGCGUCGCAAGCGACCAGCUCAUCGGAAAUCGGAUACCAAUGUCAGCAACCGACCAUUGCUCACCCGGAAUACACUGAACGCGUAUGAUCGUCUUUUCUAUUCUAAACAAAUCGAGAAGGUAAAUCGAUUUAAUGACGACCACAAUCACACAGUAAAUGAUCUGACCUACAUAGAUUCAACAGUGGAUCAAGAUUUGGAAGGACAAGCCAGUAGGUAUCCCGUGUUGAGCAUGACAAACUCCUCACAGAUACGUGAGUUGGCGCAGAUUUUUACACAUGCACUUUCUGCAUACUUGCAAGACCCGAUCGCUUUUCGACAAAUCUUGACAGAAAUUCGGCCGAAAGCUCCGACAGUUUUUACAAUAGUCGACAAAGGCGACACAUUUGGUGAAGUAAUAGAUACUACAACUAGUUCCCCAAACAUUGGUACAGCCUUUUAUACGCCAUUGAAAGUAGAAGAAUAUUUGGAAUCGUCUGACUUAUCAGACACAAUAACUCCAUUAGCUACAACAGCUUCUUCCUACUCUACUCUUCCUACUGAUUUAACAACAACACAAUUUCCAGUCGGUUCACAACAAAGGACUUACAACACCGACGCAAUAAAGGAAGGUAAAAGUUUAUCGAUCCAGUUUAUCACAAGCCGACGGAAUGAAUUAGCAGAUGAAGUGAACGGUGAGUUAGGUACGCAAUCUUCUACUAACUAUUUUGAACAUGGUAGUACUUACGAUAAGCUGCGGAAAACCCCAUAUAAGCCCGACUCGUUGCAUACUACAGCGCCAUUGAAUGAAGGGCCAUUUAAAGUAUAUUCUGAUAUGUACACUUCCAAGAAUUACCCUGAUUUUUCCACUACUACGCAAGUACAACCGUCCACAAGUGAAACAACUGAGACCGUGACCACAUUCAAAUCUCUUCUAAGGCCUCCCUUGAAAAUUUUAGCGCAAGCUCAAGUUUUACAAACACCAAAAUCAACAACCAUCCUGGAAGACGAUGAAGAACUGCAGAGAGCUCAAAGUGGUUCAAUCCUUGGAUCAUCACAACGUAAAAAAGUAUAUGAUCGGCAUGAUAGCAGUAAAUAUACAAUUAUAAAUUUGGAAAACUUAAAACAUGCAUAUGCCAAAGCUUCCGACACAACAACUAUCAGCACACCACCUUCUACGGUUGGAGUUAAUAGCGUUCAAACGGUUAAUGAAACAACUGUUCCACAAAAUCACUCUCGCUCUACAACGUCGUACACAGUAAUCUUCGAUCCACUUACUAUCAACGAUGAAUUGAUGGAACUUCACAAUCCAAAUCCUACUAUUGCCAAUCUUCCUGCUUCGCGCCAAACUAAUCAAAAUAUAUUGAACGAUUCUUAUAAGAGCAAAGCUUCGUUAGUAUCGGUAACAGGAACACAAACCCACCAACAAGCUGUAACUUCACCCUCCUGGUCUGGAACAACUUACACUGGCUUUGCACAACCAGAUCCCGCCGGGAUGCAAAAGAAAGCGAACGAAAUGUUUGGUGAUCUGAAUGACGCACAAGCGAAUAAGUUGAUGAGCGUAAUGAAAAUGGCGGAUACAGAUACGUCAAUGAGAAGACUUAUAUUAUUGUUGAUACGUACAUGCGGCGACGAUCCAUCGCUUUCAAAUGAUGAAUCCCGUAAGGCUCUCCUUGAUGCACUUAUUAACGUAGAAAGUGUGAACACAAAUUCGGAUUCUCUGUCGAAUGGCAAUGAAUUCAUACUAUCCCGUGAUACGGAAUAUCGACAAGACACAGCUUUGGAAGACGACAGUUAG